AUGGCGCAAUCAAGUCUUGUUCUCUUCUUCCUCUUCUUCUGCUUGAUGUUCUCAUCCUCGGACAUGAUUCAUUCUCUCUCUCUAUCAUUUACCACCACCACCCAAUUCACUAAAUCGACCAAAAUCAUCAAUACUACCAUCAACACUGCCACUGCCACUCCUACUUCUAAACAAAUUCUUUAUUGGAUGGGUCUCGAACGUACUCAUGAAAAUAUCACUCAAGAUCUCAACACCGUGCUACAGAGAUCCUCUCGAGGUCAACUCACACAAAUUAGUUAUGAAGCCUAUAAUUUGGGAUCCAUGUCAGCAUUUGUGGAUAAUCACUUUUAUAAUGUUUUACCAAUUUUAAAAUCUUCUCCUCAUAUUCAAGAGACAUAUCCCAUGAUCACCACUGUGAAUAUUCCAUAUUUAACAGACUUGUUGAAUAAUGAGACGAGUAUGGACAAAUUCAUCAAACAAGCCAUUCAAAAUGAAAAAUUAAUUCAAGCCACUGGAUAUAAUAUUGAUUUUGAACCAGAUCGAUGUGAAGCUUCCACUCGAUUAGCUCCUGCUUUUGCUGUGUUUUUAAAUCGAUUUGCAGAUGCGUUGCAUUCGAUUGGAAGAAAAUUAACUGUGCGUCGCAAGUUGGAGUUACUUUUGGGAUUGCAAAUUAAUUGCAGAGACACGAGUCGAUAA